CAGCAACUUGAACAGUCGCCAUUUCAGAAGUCAGUUGUUAAAAUGCUGGAGAGCGGUGCGAAUAAUUAGGUCUGCAAGAAACCUUUCCUUGACUCCUCACUUUCCUCGCAGCCCAGACAAAGCAGUCUGAGGAGAAAUCUACCACACCUUCGAUGGAGCCAUGGAACCAGACAGCAAGAGGGUCAGCCUGCAGAGAUCAGAGUCACCGGUGCCCAGCUGUCAGUCUGUGAAGAGUGACCGGUCCAUGGAUCGUCCCAUUCUGUUCAAUGGUGGACAUCUCCCCCCUGAUCCGAGGUUCAGCCUGCAGAGGGCAGAGUCACCGGUACCCAGCUGUCAGUCUGUGAAGAGUGACUGGUCCAUGGAUCGUCCCAUUCUGUUCAAUGGUGGACAUCUCCCCCCUGAUCCGAGGCUCAGCCUGCAGAGGGCAGAGUCCCCGGUACCCAGCUGUCAGUCUGUGAAGAGUGACCGGUCCAUGGAUCGUCCCAUUCUGUUCAAUGGUGGACAUCUCCCCCCUGAUCUGAGUGAGCUGUCAGAGCUCCAGUCCAGGUGUGCAGUGUGUGAGCAGGUGAUGAAGGAGCCGGUCUCUAUUACCUGUGGACACAGUUUCUGCAGACAGUGCAUCAGCAGCUACUGGGAGCAGUCUGCUUCUGCAGGACACUAUGCCUGCCCCCAGUGCAGGAAGAGGUCCAGAACUCGUCCCAUGCUGCACGCACACACAGCCCUGGCUGGGCCUGUGCAGGAGCUCCAGCAGGAAGGGCUGAGUCCUGCAGACACACCGCAGACACACACACUGGUGGAGCCCACUGGAAACCAGCAGAGACUCUGCCAGCAGUCCAUGAUUGUAGAUGCUUCAUCCCUGUGUUCCAAUGAUCAGGACCUGGAAGCAGAAAAUAAUAAAUGUGGACAAAGAGUCCAAGAGAAACUGAAAUCCAGUCUGAAGAAGAGGUUUGAGUGCAUAUUGGAAGGGGUUGCUACAUCAGGAAAACACACCCUCCUCAACAAUAUUUACACAGAGCUCUACAUCACAGAGGGGGACAGUGAGGGCGUCAAUAAUGAGCACGAGGUGUGGCAGAUUGAGACAGCAUCCAGGACACAGACCACACAAGACACUGCAAUCAACUGCAAUGACAUCUUUAAACCUUUACCUGGACAAGAGAAACCCAUCAGAACUGUGCUGACGAAGGGGAUCGCUGGCAUUGGAAAAACAGUCUCUGUGCAGAAGUUCAUUCUGGACUGGGCAGAAGGAAAAGCCAAUCAGGAUGUUCGUUUCAUGUUUGUUCUUCCUUUUCGGGAGCUGAACUUGAUUAAUGAUGAACAGUACAGUCUGCUUGGGCUUCUGCAUGUCUUCCACCCUGAAAUGAAAGGAAUUGAAAACAUUGAGUCUGAUGUUGACAAAGUUUUGUUCAUCUUUGAUGGUCUGGAUGAAAGCAGACUUCCCUUUAAUUUCCAGCGGAAUGAGAUGCUGUCUGAUGUAACAGAGACAUCCUCAGUGGACGUGCUGCUGACAAACCUCAUUAAGGGGAAUCUGCUUCCCUCUGCUCUCCUCUGGAUCACCUCCCGGCCAGCAGCAGCCAAUCAGAUCCCUCCUAGGUACAUCCACCGGGUGACAGAGGUACGAGGAUUCAGUGACCCACAGAAGGAGGAGUACUUCAGGAAGAGAUUCAGUGAUGAGAACCAGGCCAGCAGAAUUAUCUCUCACAUACAAUCAUCCAGGAGUCUCUACAUCAUGUGUCACAUACCAAUCUUCUGUUGGAUUUCUGCUACUGUUCUGGAGCGACUGUUGGGUGAAGAUGACUGUGGAGAAAUCCCUAAAACUCUGACUGGAAUGUACACACACUUCCUGCUCAUUCAGUCCAACAUCAAGAAUCAGAAAUAUCAGGGAAGAAAUGAGACAGAUCCACAAAAGCUUCUGGAGCUGGAUAAAGACAUCAUUCUGAAACUGGGGAAGCUGGCUUUUCAACACCUGGAAAAUGGCACUCUCAUGUUCUAUGAAGAGGACCUGAGAAAGUGUGGCAUUGAUGUCACUGAAGCGUCAGUGUACUCUGGGGUGUGCACAGAAAUCUUUAAAGAGGAGUCUGUGCUGUAUCAGAAGAAAGUGUACUGCUUUGUGCAUCUGAGCAUCCAGGAGUAUCUGGCUGCUUUGUAUGUCUUUCACUUAUACGUAAGCCAGAAUGUGAACACAUUGAAGUCCAUUUUUGGUGAGAAGUUUUUAUCCAGUAAAUCAUCACUGUAUGACUUGCACAAGAGAGCUGUUCAGAAGGCCUUGGAGAGUAAGAAUGGGCACCUGGACCUUUUCCUGCGAUUCCUUCUCGGCCUCUCACUGGAUUCCAGUCAGAGCCUUCUCAAAGGCGUUCUGACACAGACAGGAAGUAACUCAGAGAGCAUCAAGAAAACAGUCAAGUACAUCAAGAAUUUGGAGAGGAAAGAUCCCUCCCCAGAGAGGUGCAUCAAUCUGCUCCACUGUCUGGCUGAACUGAAUGAUGAUUCACUAGAGAAGAAAGUCCAAAAGUACCUGAGCUCAGAAAAUGCUUCUGGUGAAAAGUUUUCACCAGCACACUGCUCUGCCCUGGCCUAUAUGCUCCUGAUGUCAGAGGUGGUGCUGGAUGAGUUUGACCUGAGGAAAUACAACACCUCAGACGAGGGGCGCAGGAGACUGGUUCCAGCUGUGAGGUGCUGCAGAAAGGCUCUGCUGUCAGGCUGUCUAGUCACAGAGAGAGGCUGUGCUUCUCUGGCUUCAGCUCUGCGUUCAAACCCCUCACACCUGAGAGAGCUGGAUCUGAGCUACAACCACCCAGGAGACUCAGGAGUGAGAGCGCUCUCUGCUGGAGUGGAGGACCCCAGCUUUAAACUGGAGACACUGCUACUCAGUGGCUGUGACCUUACAGGCGAGUCCAUUGAAAUUGUGGCCUCAGCUCUCCAGUCAGCCACCUCACCCCUGAGAGAGCUGGACCUCAGCAAAAAUAAGCUGGGAGAAUCAGGAGUGAAGCUGCUGAGUGCUGCACUGAUGAGUCCAAACUGUAAACUACAGACUCUGAGACUCAGUAGCUGUAACCUUAAUGAGAAGUCCUGUAAAAUAAUGACCUCAGCUCUCCAGUCAGUCACAUCCCCCCUGAGAGAGCUGGACCUCAGCUACAAUAAGAUGGGAGAUUCAGGAGUGGAGCUGCUCUGUGCUUUACUGAUGAAUCCAAACUGUAAACUGCAGAAGUUGAGACUGGGUUGCUGUAAUCUCACAGAGAGCUGCUGUGAUGAUCUGGCCUCAGUGCUGCGCUCACACCACUCAGAGCUGAGAGAGCUGGAGCUGAGAGACAAUGACCUGCAGGAUUCAGGAGUGAGAGCGCUCUCUGCUGGACUGGAGGAUCCACACUGUAAACUACAGAGACUGGGACUGAUGCAGUGUAAUCUCACAGAGGGCUGCUGUGAUGAUCUGGCCUCAGUGCUGCGCUCACACCACUCAGAGCUGAGAGAGCUGGAGCUGAGAGACAAUGACCUGCAGGAUUCAGGAGUGAGAGCGCUCUCUGCUGGACUGGAGGAUCCACACUGUAAACUACAGAGACUGGGGCUGUCAGGCUGUCUAGUCACAGAGAGAGGCUGUGCUUCUCUGGCUUCAGCUCUGCGUUCAAACCCCUCACACCUGAGAGAGCUGGAUCUGAGCUACAACCACCCAGGAGACUCAGGAGUGAGAGCGCUCUCUGCUGGAGUGGAGGACCCCAGCUUUAAACUGGAGACACUGCUUGUGGACCAUGGAGGAGAGAUUAGGCUCAGACCAGGACUGAGGAAAUAUGCCUGCCAGCUCACACUGGACCCCAACACAGCACACAGAGAGCUGUCUCUAUCUGAGGGGGACAGGGAGGUGAUAUGCACACCGGGGAGAGAGCAGCCAUAUCCUGAUCACCCAGAGAGAUUUGACUCCAUAUGGCAGGUGCUGUGCAGAGAGGGUCUGUCUGGGGCUCGCUGUUACUGGGAGGCUGAGUACAGUGGGGUGGGUGUGAUUGCAAUUGCGUAUAAAGGAAUCAGCAGGAAAGGAGGAUGGGGUUCUGACAGCAGGUUUGGACGCAAUGACCACUCCUGGAGUUUGUGCUGCAGAGGUGACGGGUUCUGUCCAUGGCACAAUAAUGACCGCAAUUUCAUACCCGCCCCUUCCUCCCACUCCGGCAGAGUAGGAGUGUAUCUGGACCAGCCGGCCGGCACUCUGUCCUUCUACAGAGUCUCCUCUGACACUCUGACCCACCUGCACACUUUCCACACCACAUUCACUCAACCCCUCUAUCCUGGGUUUAGAGUUUGGAAUGGCGCCUCAGUUUCCCUAUGCAUGCUUGGAUAGACUCCUGUAUCCUGGAGGAGUUAAUGGGAUGUUAUUCACUGUUGUCAUGACUACAUAAAUCUUCACAUUAAUACUGACAGUGUACAAAUACUGAAGGGUUCACUCAUUCACUUUAAACUAAACAGAUUUUAGUUUUAGUUUGAUUCAUAGCACUGUUGUAAUGCAGUCAAUCUAGAAUUGAGUGAUUUAUUUUGUUAAUUUUUGCAAAGGUGUUUUUUAAUCUUGGUCAUGUUAUUGGGGGGGGAGGCUGUGUUGAAUGUGAGGAGGAGGGUCGUACAUGCAGGACUGAGUCCCAUUGUUCCGUUCAACAUCAGGAUGCACUGACACGUAUUCACCACAAGGUGGGGGUAUUAAGACAUGAUUAUCACAAGAAAUAUUGUAUGCCAACAAACUGUGACAACACUGUAAGAGUUAGGGGUCAUAAUUUGGGGUUGUGAUGAGCUGAGAUGUAGUAUGACUAGUGUUUCUCUUCCCUGCUUUAGUAAUUAAUCCCACAUGCUAUCAGACCUAGAAGGGGGAAUUGUUACUUGCGGCGCACUGUGUGUGUGGAGUCUGGGUUUUUGUUUGGCUCUGCCACCCUUUUGUUUUGUAGCUAGUUGUAUGUUUUGGGUAAAGGCAUUUAGGCUUGUUUUUGUUUUGUUAAGUUCUUAUCGUUGGCAUCAUCUGUUGUCCUCUCCCCAUUUCCUGUGUAUAUGUGUUACUGUAAAUAUUGUAAAUACUGUAAAUAUACCGCACACCCUUAUGCAUUGGCCCUGUGUCUGUGUGUUUUUCCGUGUCUGCACCGUCCAAGCCAGUGGUGGUUGGUUGUUUUAUUUUUUUUGUGUUGCAUCCCUCACC